UCCAAAGGAAAUUGAAAGCAAUUUGGCAGCAUCAGGUCAAGAGUUUUCUCUUUGGUCGGCCCUCACCGCCGCAGCAAGUAGUCUAGUGUAUGUUCAAGUUCAAGCAGCGCGAGAAAUCUCUUUUACCUCUCCGUUACCGAGUUGCAUGUUAAGCCUAGAGCCCAAGCCCAAACUUUUGUUAGUUUCAUACGUCGCCCAUCGGCCAUCUGAAAAUUUGGACACAAAUAUCUUUGCUAAACCCUAAACUCUCUCCCACUCUGUUAAACCCUAAUUUCUUCACAGCAAUCUUCUUUUUUUCUCCACUGUAAACCUUUCUUCUUUUUCCAAUUCAAAAACUCAGAAAUCAUAUUCAGUUUCACCUAUGGUUAUAUUAGCUGAUGCCAAACAAAAUAUACAGAAUGAGAAGAUAAAAGAAGAAGAUGAAGAAGAAGAAGUAAAGACCUGGGAAGAACUUGGAUUAGACCCUCGUCUAAUUAGUGCGUUAAACAAGAAUGGUAUUGAUAAACCGACACCAAUCCAAAUUUCAGGAAUCCCAUUGAUUCUGGAAGGUAAAGAUGUUGUAGCUCGAGCCAAAACCGGGUCUGGGAAAACCUAUGCUUAUCUUCUACCUUUGCUCCAGAAGCUAUUUUCUGAUACAGGGGCUAGUAAAAAGACUGCUCCAAGUGCUAUGAUUUUGGUUCCUACUCGUGAACUAUGUCAACAGGUUUAUGAAGAGGUGCUGUCUUUGAUUGCGGCGUGUAAAGUGCAAUUGAAAGUUGUUCAAGUGACAAGCAGUAUGGUGGGUAAAGACUUGCGGGCAGCGUUGGCAGGGCCGCCAGAUAUCUUGGUUUCAACCCCAGCUUGCAUUUCGACGUGCUUGCAAUCUGAUGCCCUCAAAACAAAUUCAAUCCAAGAAUCCCUUCAGCUUCUAGUACUCGAUGAGGCAGACCUUCUUUUGUCAUAUGGUUAUGAAGAUGACUUGAAAGCCCUAACUCCUCAUAUUCCUCGCCGUUGUCAAUGCCUUCUUAUGUCUGCUACCUCAAGUGCUGAUGUUGAGAAGCUGAAAAAGCUUGUGCUGCACAGUCCAGUUAUUUUGACUCUUUCCGAAGUUGGAGAUGUCAAGGAUGAGAUGAUUCCAAAAAACGUUCAACAGUUCUGGAUUUCAUGCAGUACUCGUGAUAAGCAACUCUAUAUGCUGUCACUCUUGAAGUUGGAACUUGUUCAGAAAAAGAUUCUUAUUUUUGUAAAUACUAUUGACAUGGGUUUCAGACUGAAGCUCUUUCUAGAACAGUUUGGAAUCAAAACAGCUGUUUUAAAUGCUGAGCUGCCGCAGAAUUCGCGUCUGCACAUCCUUGAGGAAUUCAAUGCGGGAUUGUUUGAUUACUUGAUAGCAACAGACGACAGCCAGAUGAAAGAGAAGGAGAAAGCCAAUGAUGAUGCUCAGGUCACAUCCAAAAAAUCUAAAAGGCAUCCCAAGCCAAAGUUGGACUCUGAGUUUGGAGUUGUAAGAGGAAUUGAUUUCAAAAAUGUGUACACGGUUAUAAAUUUUGAAAUGCCUCUUAAUGCUGCUGGGUAUGUCCAUCGAAUUGGACGUACUGGGAGAGCGUAUAAUACUGGUGCAUCUGUUUCUCUUGUUUCCGAAGAUGAGAUGGAGGUUUUUGAAGAGAUCAAAGCCACAUUAGGGGAAGAAGAAGAUGACAGCAAGGGUAGCUCGAAUUUCAUUGCUCCUUUUCCUUUGCUCACUAAAAAUGCCGUGGAAUCCUUAAGAUAUAGAGCUGAGGAUGUGGCGAAGAGUGUUACAAAAAUUGCUGUAAGAGAAUCACGUGCUCAGGACCUGAGAAAUGAAAUUCUUAACUCCGAAAAGUUGAAAGCACAUUUUGAAAGCAAUCCAAGAGAUUUGGAUCUACUGAAGCAUGACAAAGAGCUAAGCAGAAAGCCCGCUCCUGCACAUUUACGUGCAGUGCCGGAGUAUCUCCAGGACCCGACAACACAGGAAGCAAGCAAGAUUGUUAAGAUGGCUAGAGCUGCAAUGGGCAAAACACCUUCAAAACGUCGACCAGCUUCUAAGGGAAAAUCAAGAAAAAGUAAAGAUCCUCUCAAGGCUCACUCUGCUGAGGGAGCUAAGAGGUUUGGGAAGAGGAAAGGUAAAGAGAUGGGAGGAGAUAAAAAGAAGAAAAGGACCAAGGCCGAUGAAUAAAAUCCUUCCUGUAAAAUAGUUUUAUUAAUAGAUUAUUAAGCAACCAGUUUACAUACUGUCAAGAUCCAUCUGAAUUAAUUAUUGUAUCCAAAUUUAAAAACACCCGACAGCAAAUUUAGAAUUACAAUUUUGAUUCGCCGGAGAGAGUAAGAGGAAGACCAAUAGUUGGAAGUAGAAUUUUCAAACAGUUGUAUAGGGUUUAAAGAGUCUUGAUUAAGUUGGAAGUAGUCGGU